GGGCCCUGGUAUAUAUUUGCUCUUCUUGGAUCACAGCACAUGCAGCAUUCUCUGUAACGGACGUCAGCAGACAAUCAUCUCACCUUCGCACUCUUGACGCAUACACAUGUAUCAGCGAUAGGAUCAACAGACCGUUCCCCACCCACGGAGCUCUGACGCAAAACACCUAUCCAUCUGUGUUUCGCGCCUCGCGCCUCGCCCUCCAACCUCUCCCAUCACCCAUCUUUCGACUAUCCCACAAGACUAAAUUAGCCACCCGGACGGUUCAAUACACGGCAUGGCUCCCAAGGCCAGCCACGUUGUGGCAAAGGCGCUGGGCAUCAGGCUCCAGGAACAUGAUCCCUUCCGGGAGCUCGACAGGCCAGGUGCCUCGAUGAUGUCGGACCGGACAGACCACAGUUUCGUCGAGGAAUCUCCCCGGGUCCUCGACCACCUGAACAGCCUCAUUCCGUCCGGCAAGGAGCUCUACCGCUAUCUCAUAUCCUUGUUCCCGUUCCUCUCCUGGAUCGGACACUACAACCUGCAAUGGCUCAUUGGGGAUCUCGUCGCCGGUAUCACGAUCGGCGCUGUCGUCGUCCCUCAGGGCAUGGCUUAUGCCAAGGUAGCCAACCUAGAGGUCCAAUUCGGCCUGUACUCGUCUUUCAUGGGCGUUUUGAUCUACUGGUUCUUUGCAACCUCGAAGGACAUCACAAUCGGCCCCGUCGCCGUCAUGUCUCAGUUGACCGGCGGCAUCGUUGCGGACUUGGCCACCACCCUGCCCGACGUUCCGGGCCAUGUCAUCGCCUCGGCUCUUGCUAUCCUCGCUGGUGCCAUCGUCCUCUUCAUUGGCCUCGCCCGUUGCGGAUGGAUAGUCGAUGUCAUCUCCCUAACCGCUCUCUCCGCCUUCAUGACAGGUUCGGCCAUCAAUAUUGCCGUCGGGCAGAUGCCUGCCCUGAUGGGCAUCACGGGCUUCCCUACUCGCGAUGCGCCCUACCUUGUCUUCAUCCACACCCUUCAGGGCCUGCCCCGCACGACCCUGGAUGCUGCCAUGGGCCUGACCGCUUUGGCGAUGCUCUAUUCCAUCAGGUCCGCCUGUUCGUAUGCUGCAAAACGAUGGCCCAAGCAUCAGCGGCUGGCCUUUUUCCUCUCGACCUUGAGGACCGUCUUCGUCAUCCUGCUGUACACCAUGAUCAGCUGGCUAGUCAACAGGGGUCUGCCCAAGGACAAGGUCAAGUUCAAGAUUUUGCUCGACGUCCCGAGAGGCUUCCAAAAUGCAGCAGUGCCGGUCUUGAACCAACGCAUCGCGAGCAAUCUCGUCGGCUACCUGCCCGCCACCGUCAUUGUCCUGCUCAUCGAACAUAUUGCCAUCUCCAAGUCAUUUGGCCGGGUGAACAAUUACACUAUCGACCCCUCGCAGGAGAUGGUCGCCAUUGGAGUGACGAACAUGCUGGGCCCGUUCCUGGGCGGAUACGCUGCGACCGGCUCCUUCACCCGUACCGCUAUCAAGUCGAAAGCCGGAGUCCGAACCCCGUUCGCAGGAGUCAUCACAGCGGUUGUCGUCCUCCUCGCUAUAUACGCCCUGCCAGCCAUGUUCUACUACAUCCCCAACGCCUCCCUCGCUGCCGUCAUCAUCCACGCUGUUGGCGACUUGAUCACCCCACCAAACACCGUCUACCAGUUCUGGCUCGUCUCGCCGAUAGAGGUCUUCAUCUUCUUCGUGGGCGUCAUUGUCACCGUCUUUUCGACCAUCGAGAAUGGCAUCUACUGCACCGUCUGUCUCUCGGCCGCCAUGCUUCUCUUUCGCAUCCUGAGGGCCAAGGGUCGCUUCCUGGGUCGAGUGCGGGUGGCAUCAAUAAUCGACGACUACGUCGUUGGCGACGACUCUCGACGGGCGGCCAAGUACGGCUCGAUCGCUGGCUCCCCGGAAGCUCCGUUCCGCAACGUCUUCCUUCCUAUCACCCACGCCGACGGGUCCAACCCGGAAAUCGAGCUCGACAACCCCUACCCGGGCAUCUUCAUCUACCGCUUCUCCGAGGGCUUUAAUUACACCAACGCCAGCCACAGCCUCGAGUACAUGACCAGCUAUAUCUUUGCACACACCCGCCGGACCAGCCCGGCGCACUUUGACCGGCCAGGGGACCGCCCCUGGAACGACCCGGGCCCAUCUCGGCGCCAACGCAAAGCCGCCGCCAAGGCAGCAGCAGAAGCCACGACAACCAACACCCAGCCGUCCCUCAACGCCCACCUGCCCACCCUCAAAGCCAUCAUUCUCGACUUCAGCUCCGUCAACCACGUCGACAUCACCUCAGUUCAACAGCUCAUCGACGUGCGCAACCAGCUGGACCGGUACGCGGCCCCGGACACGGUCGACUGGCACAUAGCGUGCAUCAGCAACCGCUGGACCAAGCGGGCGCUCGCGGCCGCCGGCUUCGGGUACCCGACCAUGCGGCCCGAUGUGCCGCACCUGCGGUGGAAGAGCAUCUUCAGCGUGGCCGAGAUCGGCGGGGAGCAGAGCGCGGCCGCGGCGGCCGAGUUUGAGGACAACGAGAAGGAGCUGCAGGCGGCCUCGGAGUCGAAAUCGCUCCGGAGGCCGUCGAUGCAGCACAGCGGCAGCAGCAGCCAGUACCACCAUGAUGUCAUGUCCAAUCUGGAGGCGGGGCUGCAGCCUGAGAAUUACAGCCGCGGCGCAGACGAGGGUAGUAGUGAGGAUGAUUCGCCGGCUGGCACGACGGCUACCAAGAUAGCGGCGCCGGCGCUGAAUUGCGGGCGGACGGUGGCGGUGCACGGCAUCAAUCGGCCGCUUUUCCACGUCGACCUGACGAGUGCCUUGCAGAGCGCCAUUGCCAACGUCGAAGCCAGGGUGGAGGUCGGGAGUCAGCAGGCCAAGUCACCUGGCGGUGAGGAAACGACGGAUUCAAGCGUAGACGGUUAGAGCGGGAUAGUUAGGAUAAACUUGCAUCGGGCGUUGGUUAUGUCUUUUUUUGGGUUUUUCAUGGGCGUAUUGGGCGGACAGGGGGUUCUCAUGAUGACAUGAAUGCAGUUGCAUUGGGGUGGGAUUUGCAUCCUUUUCUCUUUUUGGAAGAAAAUACCCCGAUAGAGCAGGAAUUUUGGAAAUCAUUCAUUUCAAAACAUUUAUGGGUGUCGACUGGCAAUCAUCUAGAUACAGCCUAGUGUGUAUGAUUUCCAAUGACAUGCGGCGCCGGUUAGAGAGGAGGAAGACAGGUAGAUGAUGAGUAGAUACUAGGAGCAUUCGAGCGGCGGGAUCAGAACCUUUGACUCUUCGUAAACAAUGCGGUGGGUAAAG